AUGGAAGGAAUUGUUCAGGAAGUAAUACAGUGCAUGCUUGGAGCAAUUGUAAGGAACAAUGCAAUCCAGAUGAUAAUUCUCUACUCGGUGUUUUAUUUCACAAGGUGUGCAAAGCGCCCGGAUGUAUUCUACAGCGGAAUGAAAAGGGACUCUGUCUUCAAGAUGGGGAGCCUGCAUAGAAGCUAUUAUCCCCUAUUUUUUGCACCCUUUGGAACCAUCCAGACCGUUCUUCAACUAUUCCGAAGGCCCAUGUUCCUUGAGAGAAUAAGUAUUCAGGUGAAGACGCCCCACAACGGGUCGAUCCUGCUUGACCUUGUGGAAGGUGACAAAAAUUCCAAGAAGAAUGCACUUCUAGUCCACGGAUUCAAUGGGUCGGGAAACUCAACGUACAUGAGGGGACUGGCAGGGCAUCUUUCAAAAGAAGGGUACAGAGUCUUCUGCUUUAAUGCAAGAGGUAUCAGGUCGAAGCUCAAUAGUCCUGUGUUUUUCCAUAUAGGAUGGACAGUGGACUUGAAGGCAGCCGUGGAGUUUAUUCUUUGUGACUAUCAAGGGACACUGGAGAUAUUUGGGUUCAGCAUGGGAGCCAACUGGGUAGCAAAGUUUUUUGGAGAGGAGAAGCUCGAUCCCAGAAUAAUAAAGGGAGGGGCUGUGUGUCUUCCAUUUGACUUCUUCAAAAUAGGAAUCCACUUUCUGAAGAAUCCGUACACUAGGCUAUUCAACAAACUACUGGCAAUGAACUUUGUAAAGUAUAUCAACAGAAACAAGGAUGUAUUUAGAGAUGCAGGGUAUGACAUGAAUAUGAUAAGAAAGUGCAGUAGCGUCCAGCAGAUAGACAUGAUGGUAACAACAAAAAUCUUCGAUAUCAAGGACGUCAAUGAGUACUACAAAAACCAGUCGUGUGUGAACUACAUCGAUCAAAUAAGUGUUCCUUUCAUCAUACUCAACACAUACGACGACCCGAUCAUCCCCCCAUUUUCAAUAGACAAGGAAGUGUGCAUGAGGAACAAAAACAUACUGUUGGUAAUAGCUCACAAGGGAGGGCAUCUGGGCUUUCUGUCAAAUAGGCUGGAUAGAACUUGGGCAGAAGAUGUUCUAAUGGACUUUGUCAAGCACUUCUAG